GGCUGCGCUACGGCAGCAUCCGUGCCGCGGGGCGCUGCAACGCGCGUGAGUGCUCCAGUGCUACACUUGGGCGACGAAUGCCAGCGUCUGUUUUGCUCCUCGCCGCGUACGAGCCCGCGUUUUGCUCAGUGCCGCUGCAGCUGGCAGAGGGUGUAGUCGCGGUCUUGGCGCGCCGACUAAUCGUCUAGAGUUAGCGAGAGCUGGCGCGUCGCUCGUUAUCGCUCAUAAAGGUCACGACGCGAGCGCUGAAACUCUAUUGCGAGUGCAGCCGCGUGCGGUGCACAAAAGUGAGACACUGCCACUUGCACUCUGCGGACCGAUUAAGCAGCUGUCGAGAGGUGCAUCUGCCCUUAGUAGCAUCUACAGAGUGUGACAAAUGCUGCGCCUUUGGCUCGCGGUCGGGGCCGCCGCCGCCUUCGCCCCGCCGACGCGCCCGCCGCCGCGACAGUCGGCGCUGCACGCUGAAACGCAAGCCCCGUCGUGGAAGGCGCUGCGGCCGCGGCCGGGCGACGUUGUGAUAAUCGACGGCGACAACUGCCGCGGCAAGAGCAAGUGGCGGCUGUCGGCAGCAGAUGUAGACGCCGCGGCGGCGGGCGCGCACGCGCGCGGCCUGCUCGGCCAAGAAACAAUCCUGAUGCUCGACCACGGCGAGCGCCGGGACUGCUUCGUUUCAUCAUCAGGCGCCUACGCGACGGCCUUCGCGGGACGGCGCGGCACGGCGGACGACGCGAUCGUCGACUGCGUCGAGCACUUCCUCGCUCACAAUAGGACGCUGACGGUCGUGACGUCGGACUUCGGGCUGCGCGCGCGGGCGUCGUACGUCGCGGCGCGCGCGAUCCGCGGCGCGCCCGAGGCUGGAAGAAGGCGCUCCCCCGAGACGCUCGUGCGGUUCGCGCGGUCCGAGGCUUUUGCGGACGCGGCCCUCGCCGACGCGACAAUUGUACAAGGCGCGCACGCCGCCGCUUUUGAUGAGGCGGUUGAUAGAUUAGCGAAGCACGUGCUGACGGCGCCUUCAUCAAUGCGCGCGCGGAUGCGGCGCCGCGCGCGGCCGCCUCUGGUGGAGGGGUCGCCGCUCGGCAACGAGCAGACGUGGAUGCGCGUCGUCCUCGCUGAAAGAUUGAGGUGGCUCCUGGCGCGGGACGCGGCGGCGCCGCGCGGGCCGCUGGCGGAUUUCGCAAACUGGUUCGCCGAGGAGGCGGACCCCGACGACGCUCCGCGCGUCCUCACGCACCGCCUCACGGACCGCAAGCACCGCCACGAGCUGCUGCGCUUCGCGGACGCGCUGCGGCGGCCGCCGCCGCCCGAUAUUGUUGAGGAGGCUGUCGAGGAGGAGGAGGACAGGGAGGAGAAGGAGGCGCGCGCCGCCGUCAUGGUCGCGGGCAACCGCCGCCUGCGGCGGAAGCGCCGCAAGCGCGAGCGCGCCCGGAAGCUCGAGGGCGUCGAGCGGGGCGCGGGCGCGUCGGCGCGCGCGUCGGCCAAGAAGCUCCUGGCCGAGUCCGACGAGCUGGAGGCGGCGCUGCGCGGCUGGCUGCGGGACGCACCAGUCGCCGAACCGUCCGACGACGCUUUCGUUGAGAACCCGUUUCAUUCGAAACCUGGAUUCGGCGGGUCCGAUGCGUUGCGGUGCAUCUGCCAGAACCCGGACGAGCCGUUCUGGCCGGACGGGCACGGGGGAGACGAUGACGUAGAAUAUUAA